AUGAUGGAGCGCAAGAAGGGUGUUAUCGUGAAUGUCGCGUCAGUCACCGGGCAUAUCGAGCUAUCUGUGUUUCCCACCGUAGCCCACGGCGUGGCCAAUGCCGGCGUCCAGGCCCUGACCCGUAUGCUGGCGGGGGCAGGUGCACCUCACGGAAUUCGCUCCGUCAGCAUUAGCCCAGGCGUUGUCUUUAACCCAAAUGCCCCUAAGCCGUUCGACGAUCCAGAGUCGCCGGAGAUGCGUGCUUUGUGGGAACCGACUCCACUCGGGCGGCCCGCAAGAAUAGAAGAGGUCUUGGAGACUGCGCUCUUCCUCGCCUCGGAUAAGGCCAGUUACAUGACUGGCACUGACAUUGCCGUAGACGGCGGCCUAUCGGGAAUCGUGUGGCCAAGAUAG